UUGUUUGAUGAGCACAAGCUUCCUCAGCUCAUUUACACAAGAGCAGCCGUCGCAGCUGAGUGGCCGGCUGGCUGCACGUGGUUGUGCAGGCGGAUAGCAGCAGCCUAGAGCCUGACACACUGCUGAGCACUGACUGCUGCUAGCCAGAGCCUGCUAUACCUGCCAGGGAAAACCGACUGAAGGAUGCUGCUCUAAUCCAGGGGACCAGCAUGACAAUCUCACCCAUUGUCCCCAUGCACAAGUGCUGCUGUUUCCCUGUCCUCUGUCUAUUGCUCUUCACAACAGCAGAGUGCUUCUCUGGAGACAACGAUCAUUUCUUGGCAAUCCGCGAGAGGAAGAACGGGAAGUCCAGGUUUAUUUACAGUCAUGUGCAAAGUAUUGAGAAGAGUUUGGACCUAGAAAGACAGAAAAUGCCUGAACACAAUUUUCACUCUCCAGCCAACCUGAAAGGCAGUAAACUUAUUCCUGCACUUUAUAUGAAAUCAGCUUUCCCCCGAUCAUCACACAACCAAGCCCUUAAUCUGCUGGCUUCAGAGGAUCCAGAUGUUGAAAUAGAAAACCUUCCCAUUACAGAAUCCUGUGUGAUUUUAGUGAUGUUGAAAAUGGAUGUAAACAAGCUGAACACAACAUUGCUGCGGAAGUUCCGUCAGGGAGUUGCUGCGGCUUUAGGUUUGAUGCCACAGCAAGUACACAUCAAUCGGCUCAAUGGAAAGAAGAACUGCGUGGAGCUCUUUAUUUCUCCACUUAACAAAAAGAUAGGUGUCCCAGAUGCUCUUCCUUCCGCAGAAGUUCUUCGGUCACUCAACUUGCAUACCCUACACCAACGAUUGUCCCAUUUUGGAAUAACCGAGGUCUCCCCAGAGAAAAAUGUGCUGCAAGGACAACAGCAUGAAGCUGACAAGAUAUGGACCAAAGAAGGUUUUUACACUAUUGUUAUCUUCCUCAGCACAUUUAUCAUUAUCGUCACAUGUUUAAUGGUACUCUACAGAUUAAAAGAAAAGAUCCAGUUAUCUUUGAGGCAGGACAAAAAAACCCAAGAGAUACACCUGUCGCCUCUCUCUGUUCAGCCUACACAGUUUGAGGCAAAGUGCUCCAGCAGUAUGGUUCAUCCUGAGCAUAUUCCUAAACCCAUCAAUGUUGUUGUAGACCCACAGUGUCCAGGCACCUUUGAGGUUAAACUUCCACUUUCUGCUGGACCAUCACCAUUUAAAAUGAAACCAGUGGGCCUACAAGAAAGGAGAGGUUCCAAUGUAUCACUUACCUUGGAUAUGAGCGGUUUGGGUACUGUUGAACCUUUUACUGUGGCUCCUACUCCACGAGAAAAAGUAGCUAUUGAAUACCUGAAAACUGCAAGUCGUGUUCUGACAAGACAGAAACUCCACGAUGUGGUUAAAAGCUCCCCUUUGCUUCACACUGAAUUCAUGGAAAUACCAAUGAACUUCAUGGAUCCCAAAGAAAUUGAUAUUCCAAGUCAUGGAACCAAGAACCGCUACAAAACAAUACUGCCAAAUCCAGUAAGUAGAGUGUGUUUGAAACCAAAGAAUGUGAAGGAUACAUUGAGCACCUAUAUAAAUGCUAAUUUCAUCAGGGGUUAUGGUGGAACACAGAAGACAUUUAUUGCUACACAAGGACCAAUGAUUAAUACAGUAAAUGACUUCUGGCAGAUGGUUUGGCAAGAAGAUGUUCCUGUUAUUGUUAUGAUCACCAAGCUCAAAGAAAAAAAUGAGAAAUGUGUUCUAUACUGGCCAGAGAAGAGAGGAAUUUAUGGAAAUGUUGAAGUGCUUGUUAACAGUGUCAAUGUACAUGACUAUUAUACUAUUCGGAUUCUGACAUUAAAGCAAGGAAGCCAGUCACGAAUUGUUAAACAUUACUGGUACACCUCCUGGCCUGAUCACAAGACUCCAGACAGCGCUCAGCCUCUUCUUCAACUUAUGCUGGAUGUGCAAGAUGACAGAAAAAUGUUUGCUGGCAGAGGUCCUGUGGUAGUGCACUGCAGUGCUGGAAUUGGAAGAACUGGCUGCUUCAUUGCUACUUCUAUUGGUUGUUGUCAGAUGAAGGAAGAAGGUGUUGUGGAUGUGUUAAGCAUUGUCUGCCAGCUACGAAUGGACAGGGGAGGAAUGGUACAAACAAGUGAACAAUAUCAGUUUGUGCACCAUGCUCUGAGCCUAUAUGAGAGUCGACUCUCUGCAGAAAAGGUCCAGUGAACGUCUUGCUUGGAAGACUGUUUAACAUUAAUCCUUUAAGGUAAUUAAUUGAAUUACCGACCAGCAGUUUCUUGAAGGAGUGCAGUAGGCUCCAAUGGAACGAUUGUGGACAGGAGAUGUGAAGACUUGAUGGACUUUAUGAAACGUUUGACCAAACUAGAAGAACUGUAUAAUGCUUCGUUUGAAUGUAGCUGUACUGCCAGUUUCCGCAAGAAGCGAUGGACAGUAUAGAAGAUAUAAAUGGGUUUUACAUAUGUAACUGAAAGGUGGAUAUACUUCUGAUAACAUAGGAUUAUCUGCCAUAAAGAAUGUAUAAACUCCAGACACAGUGGGUAUCUAACAAUUAUUCAGUGUAUAACAAAUAAACCUUUGCAAACUGUGUGUCUUGUAACUGGACUGUCAGUUGUCAAUCUGUUAAGUGCUAUUACUUAUUAUGUGGUGAAUUUGUUUUUUGCCCACAUAAAGUUAUUGCUGCUAGUGUUAUCAGUAAAUUGUUUAGUUUAUUUUUAAUUAAUCGAAGAAUACUUGCUCUUGUGUUAUUUUUUGUUGUUUUUCUAAACUGUUCAGAAACAGUGACUAUUUUAUAUGGAGAUGUGGUAUUGUUCUAUUAGCAGUUGUGAAUUUCCAACUGGAUAUUUAAGCAGAGCACAAUGUACUUUAAUCAGUGGACAUGCAUUUGCUGUAUACUGUGGGUUGUACUAUUUGCUGCGCCUCCUCUCCGGUUUUAAAUACAGUGUAUUUGUAAUAUUAUGUGAGUUAUUUUACCUGAAAUCUUUAUAGCCUAUAUUAAUACUGCAAGAAAUAAAACUAUUGUCUACUG